AUAGUAAUUGUACAGAUUCACGAAAACGUCCAUCCUUAGACGGCCAUUUUUGGCCUCAAAUCGACUUCAUCAUGGCGGCCUUUCCACGGUUCAGGUUUCUGGCCAUCGCCGUCAUCUUCCACUUCGCCUAUAUCUUUUCCAUCUUCGACAUCUACUUUGUCAGUCCCAUUGAGACUGGCAUGCGCUUAUUUAAUGUUCAACGACCCCCAAAUCGCAGUGCGCCAGCGGACCGGCUGGUUCUGUUCGUAGGAGACGGCUUGCGCGCCGACAAGGCACUUCAGUCCCACCCUGAACCAUAUCCCAAAUCCGAUGCCGAUCUGACUCCGAGACCUCUCGCCCCCUAUUUGCGAUCAAAGAUCUUGGAACAGGGAACCUUUGGUGUCUCCCAUACGCGUGUGCCAACCGAAUCUCGACCCGGUCAUGUUGCCCUCAUUGCUGGUCUGUACGAAGAUGUGUCAGCCGUUACGACAGGAUGGAAGUUGAACCCGGUCAACUUUGACAGCCUGUUCAACCGCAGUCGGCAUACGUGGAGCUGGGGCAGCCCGGAUAUUCUACCAAUGUUUGAGCAGGGAGCUGUCCCGGGGAGGGUUGACGCCUACACGUACGGACACGAGUUCGAGGAUUUCUCAUCCGACGCCACCCAGCUCGACCUCUGGGUCUUUGACCAUGUAAAGGAUUUCUUUGCUGAGGCCCGCAGGAACAAGACGCUUGCUGAGGCGCUUCGCCAAGACAAGAUUGUCUUCUUUCUGCAUCUGCUAGGUUUGGAUACUACUGGUCAUUCAUACCGCCCUUACUCGAAGGAGUACCUCAACAACAUCAAGAUUGUGGAUCAGGGCGUGAAGGAGGUUGCUGAGCUCUUCCGCGACUUCUACCGCGAUGGUAGGACUGCGUUUGUAUUUACCGCGGACCACGGCAUGAGCGACUGGGGAAGCCAUGGUGAUGGUCACCCAGACAACACACGGACCCCCCUGAUUGUUUGGGGUUCAGGGGUUGCCAAGCCUCAGUUGUACCCAGGCGAAGUGGCGCCCGGCCAUGAUGAGUACUCUGCAGACUGGAACUUGGACCACGUUAGGAGGCAUGAUGUCGCUCAGGCUGAUGUUGCUGCUCUCAUGUCCUACCUUGUUGGCGUUGAGUUUCCUGCCAACUCGGUCGGCGAACUCCCCCUGUCGUACCUUGCUGCCGACAUCAAGGAAAAGGCUGAGGCCUCGCUGGUGAACGUGCAGGGUAUCUUGGAGCAGUACCGGGUAAAGGAGGAAAAGAAGAAAGCCACUGAGUUGAAGUAUAGGCCGUAUCAGCCAUUUGGAGAAAACGGCCUGUCCCCGGAACGUCGCGUUGCCGAGAUUCGCCAGCUCAUUGACGCUGGUCGGUAUGAGGAAGCUAUCGAAGAAUCAGCUGCCCUUAUGAAGGUCGGUCUCGGUGGCUUGAGAUAUCUCCAGACCUACGACUGGCUGUUCCUGAGAGCGCUUAUCACCAUCGGUUAUCUUGGCUGGAUCGCCUAUGCUCUUACAACAGUCGUUGAUUUGCACGUCCUACACGGUCGUGUGCGACCGUCGAGAACGCUUGGCGGGGGCUUGUUCUUUACAUCGGUUCUCGUUGCUCUUUAUGCGUCCUUUGUCAUUUCAAAGUCACCCCUCACUUACUAUGUCUAUGCCUUUUUCCCGGUUUUUUUCUGGGAGGAAGUUUAUGCGCGUCGCGAAAGUCUGGCGGCAGGUCGCAAGGAGUUGCUUGGCCAUAUCAACUCAGGUGGAAGUGUGGCUUCAUUCGUGCUCAACAGCGCGCUUUAUGUUGGCGUGAUUGAAUCGCUUGCCCUGGGCUACAUCCACCGCGAGAUUCUUUCCGUUCUCUUCGUGCUGGGUUCCUUCUGGCCUUUUACCCACGGCCUGUCGUUCCUCAAGAAGCAUGGGGCGCUGUCUGCCACCUGGUUCCUCGCCUGUAUCGCCAUGAGCACGUUCACGCUCCUACCAGCGAUGAAGGCAGAGAACGUCAAUCUCAUUACGAUCGGAGGCGUAUUGAUGGUCGUCAUCGGCCUUCUUUACCUUAUUUUCGAGGACUUUGUCCUCGCGGACUUCUCAUGGAACGCGAAGCCUACUUCCAGGAACCACCUAUCCAGGUCACUCGUCGGUAUCCAAGUGGGCCUCACUGUACUUUCCAUCGUCAUCACUCGCUCCAGUGCCCUUUCGCUGCAGGCCAAGCAAGGCCUUCCUCGCGGCAAUCAAAUUAUGGGUUGGGUUACUCUUGUCGCGUCACUACUCAUGCCCUUGGCCUACCGUUUACAGCCCAACAACCACUACAUGCACCGGAUCCUCGUCAUCUUCCUCACCUGCGCUCCGACAUUUGUCAUCCUUACCAUCUCUUACGAGGGCCUUUUCUACCUCGUCUUCUCCGCUCUUCUCGUGAGCUGGGUUCGCCUCGAACACGCAGUUCAGAAGUUCACCUCCUCCAAGUCACCACAGACCACCGCCACCAAGAAGCCAACAACAACCACGGAAUCCCACCUCCCCGCUCCCUUCCGCCCUCUCACCCUCCAUGAUGCCCGCGUUGCCCUCUUUUUCUUCAUCCUCCUUCAGUCGGCCUUCUUCUCAACCGGCAACGUUGCCUCCGUCUCCUCCUUCUCCCUCGACUCGGUCUACCGUCUCAUCCCCAUCUUCGACCCCUUCUCGCAGGGUGCCAUGUUGAUCCUCAAGCUGAUGAUCCCCUUUGCCCUCAUCAGCGCCAACCUAGGUAUCUUGAACAAGCGUCUCGGCGUGGCCCCUUCGGCCCUGUUCAUGGUGGUCAUGGGCAUCAGCGACAUCUUGACGCUAUACUUCUUUUGGGUGGUCAAGGAUGAGGGCAGCUGGCUGGAGAUUGGAAGCACGAUUAGUCACUUCGUCAUUGCGAGCUUGUUGUGCGUGUUUGUGAGCGCGUUGGAGCCGGUUAGUGCGGCGUUUAUUGCGGGGGUGGAUGUUGGAGAGGAAAGUGAACUAAAGGAGGAGGGUAAGGUGGCGGAGAAGGUGGUGGAGAAGGUUAAUGAGGCUGUUGAGGGGUUGGUCGGCGGUGGUGACGGUGGUGGUGGCGAGAGUUGAGAUAGGGAUCGUGUAAAAGGAGCUGAGCUGUUGGUGUAUCGAUAAUAUAUGUCAUGUUCGAUACGAUGAUGCAUAGAGGAUCAAAAGAAAAGGGGAACCGCCAGCUAAUAGUUGGAUAGUAUAUAUAUGGCAUAUACAGCAGAUGUGUCACAC